CCACAAGACUCCUCAGAAUAUGGAAAAUUGGUUAUUCACCGCUAACACAACCACAACACACGUGUAGCUUGAAAACAUAACUCGUCGCCGAAUUUGAACGGGAAAAUGGAUAAUUUAGAAGAGUCUAAGUCGAGGUUCAUUCUCAACGAAUACGGCGUUGCUAAUGUAAAUGCGACUGAUUAUCCUGGUGGUUUUAACUGUGAGGAACCAUGGAGCCACAGCAAGUUCGAAAAGAAAUUCUCAAUAGAAAUUGUUCGUUACAACAAGACAGAGAUGGAAUUUGACUUAAUAGGAGUUCAUGCUGCUAUAGCGAAUGCCUUCAGACGUGUCUUACUGUCAGAGGUUCCUAGUAUGGCAAUUGAGAAGGUAAAAAUUUUCAAUAAUACUUCAUUGAUUCAGGAUGAAGUUUUAGCUCACAGAUUAGGUUUAAUCCCAUUGCGAGCUGAUCCGCGAAUGUUUGAAUAUAAAGCUGAUCCAACAGCAGAUCCAACUGAACAAGAUACCCUUGAGUUUGAAUUGAAAAUAAAAUGUAAAUGGAAUAGCAGUUCUCACAAAGAUGCCACCCACCCCGAUGAUCUUUACAGGAAUCACAACGUUUAUUCUAAACAUUUAAAAUGGAUGCCUAUUGGCGGUCAAGCUGACAUUUUUAAACCAGAUCAGGUUGGUCCUGUUUUUGAAGACAUUCUGAUCAAUAAAAUGAGGCCAGGUCAUGAGAUGGACCUAAGAUUGCUUGCUGUCAAAGGUUUGGGCAAAGACCAUGCUAAAUUUUCCCCAGUUGCUACUGCUUCGUAUCGUCUCCUACCAGAAAUAACUUUGACCAAAGAUGUAGAGGGAGAAAUGGCAGAGCGUUUGCAAAAAUGUUUUUCUCCAGGUGUAAUUGAUGUGGAAGAUAAUGGACAUGGAAGGAAAAAGGCCAAAGUGAAAGAUGCUCGAUAUGAUUCCUGCAGUCGAAAUGUUUUCCGCUAUGAUGAUCUGAAAGAUUCUGUGAAAAUGGCUAGAGUGAAAGACCACUACAUCUUUACUAUUGAAUCAGUGGGUGCACUUCCCCCUGAUGUUCUCUUCAUAGAGGCUCUCAAGGUAUUAAAGAAGAAGUGCACCUAUUUCCUAGAUGAGCUGAAUGAAAAUUCUAAUAAUAAAUGAAAGGGGAGAAAGUAUUGUGACUGUUAUGUGGAAAAAGAAUAGCGUAAGUGAAAUAAAUACUGUUGUACUUAAA